CAUCCCUCCUCUCCCUCUUCCUCUCACCGAAUCCUCUCUCUCUCUCUCUCUCUUCACACCCUUUUCCAAUCUCCAAGACCGGCAAUAGUCUCAGCGCCGCCUCUCUCAGACCGGACCUACUCAGAUGCCGCCGUGGUUCUCGACACCGUUAAUCCCAUAUCUCUUCCUCUCUCUUCCAGAUGCCUCUUCUCUGAUGAGGAUCGCCGCGAGAUAAUAGUCAAGCCAGAUGUGUCGCGGGGAUCGUAGAGAGCUCGGAAAAGUUCCUUGACCAAGGCAGGGGUGGUCAGAUUUGCUCACGACAAUCUCGCCUCCUCGAUGUGACCACGUAACCUCGACGAACCACCGACGCCGCCGAACAACCUCGAUGUCGACGACGCCCUUACUCUCUUUAUUUCUCCUCCAGCGAGGUGAUGGUGGUGGUGGCACUAUUGGAGAGAGUAGUAGCUUCAGUGUGAAGAACACUAGGCUUAGAAGGGCUAGGAGCUUUUCCAGUAUCUCUCAUUCAAAGGCUCAUUUCUGGGCAACUAUCUACCAAGGUUUGAAGCGGGUGGUUCCAUGGAAGAGUAGGAAAUCAAAUCAAGAUGGGAUUGUGAUGUAUGAAUUCUGGACAACGUAGUAUGUGUUCCAUGUUAUUAACUCAUAUCAACUGUUGUAGUGUUGUACAGAUGGUAAAAGUGGUAAAACAGUGUUAAAUUUUGGGAGGCGGUAAAAUGAUUAAUAGAGGUCCGUGAUUUA